AUGGAAUACAAAAUGGAAUACAAGCCACGACCUUUACAAUCAUCUUCCGUGAAAAUAGCUCCUCGAAUUAUCAUUCAUGGUGGCGCAGGUAACAUCCUACCAGCUAACCUUCUACCCGCAAAGUACAAGCUCUAUCAUGACUUUCUCCUACGCAUCCUUUCCAAUACUCAUCACUUCCUCACAUCGCCGUCCUCUUUCCCCCUUCACAAAACUUCUUCUUCUACCACAACUGCUCUCGAUGCGGUUACAUUUGCAGUCACACAAUUGGAAGAUAAUCCUUUAUUCAACAGUGGACAUGGCGCGGUUUUUACACGGGAUGGAAUCAAUGAACUCGAGGUAUCGAUAAUGGUUUCAAGUGGGAAGAAGAAGAGGGGAGUAGGACUUAUGGGGCUGCAGCAUGUUAAGAAUCCUAUAAAGCUUGCACGCGAGAUGUUGAUACGUGGGGAGCAAGACUUAGAAGGUGGGAAUGGAGAACACAGGGGACCGAUGAGUGUUGACGAGGCAGCAUUGAGAAAGACCCUUGGAGCACAAGGACAUUCACAAUUACACAAAUACUCGGCAGAGAAAUUGGCAAAAGAAUGGGGAUUAGAGCUUGUAGAUGAGAAAUACUUCUUUGUUCAGGCGAGGUGGGAUGAACAUAUAUCGGGGUUGAAAAGGGAGAAAGAUGGGAAAGGAGAUGCAUCUUGGGAUGCCAAAGAAUUCAUACCACAGGGAACAUGUGGUGCUGUCUGCCUCGAUUCCGAUGGUGUACUAUGUGUAGGUACAAGUACUGGAGGUAUGACAAAUAAAUUGACAGGGAGAAUUGGUGACACUCCGACGCUGGGUGCCGGUUUCUGGGCUGAGGAAUGGGAGGAUACAUCGGCGGAUGAGGAUUUGCAUCGACUUCGUCGAUCGAUGCGCAAUCAAAGACCGAUUAUAGAUUUGAGUAAUCAGUUGAAAGGUUUGAUGGCAGAUUGUUUCCCAGGCUUGAAUCUAAGAAGUUACAACCAGAUUUACCAAGAAUCCCUAGAAGAUAAAGCUUUGGAGUCCCGGAAAUACAUGAGAUCCACCGCCAUGUCCGGCACUGGAAAUGGAGAUUCCUUCCUUCGUCUUGCUGCGGUACGAUCUGCAUCGGCAAUUGCUCGAUAUCGUCCUGAAACCUCACUUCAAACCGCCAUCACUGAAAUUACUGGUCCUGGUGGAGAAUUAGUCAAAUCUGCGGGCGACCGAUGGAAGAAAACUGGUGAAGGCGAAGGAGGUAUUAUUGGGAUUGAACUCGCAAUUGUACUUGAUGAACAUGGCCAGAAAACACAAGCAGUGAGCCGCGUAGUUGCUGACUACAAUUGUGGUGGUAUGUUCCGCGCAGCUAUCAAUGAAGAUGGGAAAGCUGUGAUGAGAGUAUGGAGACCUGGCCAGUAUGAUGGCUUGGAAAAAUAUGAAGGUGAGGGAAGGGAGUAUAAAGUUGCUGAUUGGGUUGACGCAGAGUAA